AUGACUGUCAAGGACAUUGUGGACAGCGCAUUUGCGCAGAUCGCAAGUGCAGACAUUGAAAAGAUCAUCAAACAGCUAACUCAAGAUGAGAAGGUGUCGCUAUUGAGUGGCGAGGACUUCUGGCAUACGGUCCCAAUUCCUCGACUCAACAUCCCCUCAAUACGACUCUCCGAUGGGCCCAAUGGUGUGCGUGGAACACACUUCUUCAGCAGUGUCCCAGCCGCCUGUCUCCCAUGCGGAACCGCAAUCGGAGCCACGUUUGACCGCGACCUCGCGCUCAAAGUUGGUCAUCUUCUCGCUGCUGAAGCGAAGGCGAAAGGCGCGCAUGUGGUCUUGGGACCAACAAUCAACAUCGCACGUGGCCCUCUGGGUGGACGAGGAUUCGAAUCGUACUCUGAAGACCCGUUCUUGUCCGGAAUUCUUGCAGGUCAUUAUUGUAAGGGAUUGAAGGAGAGAAACGUCAGUGCGACUCUCAAGCAUUUCGUUUGCAAUGACCAAGAGCACGAGCGGAUGGCAGUAAAUUCGAUUGUGACUGAUCGUGCGAUGAGAGAAAUCUAUCUGCUUCCUUUCAUGAUUGCUAUUGCGCUCGGUGAGCCCGACGCUGUUAUGACUGCGUAUAACAAAGUCAAUGGGUUGCAUGCAUCCGAGAACCGGGAGCUUCUACAAGGUAUUCUGCACGAAGAAUGGGGUUGGGAUGGAUUAGUGAUGAGCGACUGGUUCGGAACAUACAGUACCUCCGAAGCUGUGAACGCAGGCCUCGAUCUCGAAAUGCCCGGUCCACCGAGAUGGCGCGGUGGGGCCCUAUCACACGCGAUCACAGCCAACAAGAUUCCGGUUGCUUCAUUAAAUGCGCGGGUUCGUGCAGUUCUGAAGCUGGUCCAAAAGGCAAGCAAGUCAGGAAUUCCCGAAAAAGCUCCAGAGACACAGUUGAACCGUGCAGAGGACAGAGCUCUGCUGCGCAGAAUUGCCUCAGAAGCCAUCGUUUUGUUGAAAAACGAAGAAAACAUACUUCCGUUGAAUAAGAAUAAACCCAUUGCCGUCAUCGGCCCCAACGCGAAGGUUGCUGCCUACUGUGGUGGCGGUAGCGCAGCUUUGAACCCUUACUACACGGUCACACCAUUAGAAGGAAUUUCCAAUUCCGCGACAGCAGAAGUGAAUUUCUCUCAAGGCGUCUAUGCACACCAAAUGCUACCUCUUCUGGGCAAGCAGCUCCGCCUUGAGGAUGGCCAGACCGGCUUCAAACUCAGUAUCUUCAAUGAUGCACCGAAUGUAGCAGCACGCACACCACUCGAAGAGCGCCACGAAACAGAUUCGAUGAUCAUCUUCAUGGAUUAUGAUCACCCUGAUCUGCAGACCAUUUGGUACGCUGAUGCCGAAGGCUAUUUCAUUCCCGAGGAGUCCGGAGUCUAUGACUUUGGUCUCACGGUCAAUGGAACCGCGAAGCUCUACGUGGAUGGGAAGCUAGUUAUCGACAAUACUGUGAACCAGCGGCCUGGCACAAGCUUCUUCGGGAGUGGAACAGUGGAGGAGACUUCUUCACUGGAGCUCGAGGCUGGCAAAAAGUACAAAGUCCUGAUCCAGUGGGCUUGUGGAAAGACCAGUACUUUCAAGGUCCCUGGUGUGGUUGAUUUCGGUCACGGUGGCUUCCGCUUCGGCGCAUGCAAGCAGCUUUGUCCUCAGGCUGGUAUAGAGCAAGCAGUUAAGGUCGCUGCAAGCGUUGAUCAAGUUGUCUUGGUUGCAGGUUUGAAUGGCGAGUGGGAAUCUGAGGGUGAAGAUCGUGCCAACAUGAGCUUGCCCCCGAACACAGAUGAGCUCAUUUCGAGGGUCUUACAAGCCAAUCCUAACACUGUUGUUGUGAUCCAAAGUGGCACUCCGGUUGAGAUGCCUUGGAUCAAUGAAGCAAAGGCUGUCUUGCAUGCCUGGUACGGAGGGAAUGAAACUGGUAACGGUCUCGCUGAUGUGGUCUUUGGCGAUGUGAACCCGUCUGGCAAACUUCCUCUCACAUUCCCUCGCCGACUAAAGGAUAAUCCUACAUAUUUCAAUUACCGUUCCGAGGGCGGCCGAGUCCUAUACGGGGAAGACGUAUACGUGGGAUACCGAUACUACGAAGGACUAGAACUCGAACCUCUGUUCCCAUUUGGUCACGGUCUCUCCUACACAACCUUCCAGGUCUCAGAGUUGAAUAUCAACACCUCAGAGGAAGUUCUGCACGUCAGCUGCAAAGUGAUAAACAACGGCUCAAGAAAGGGCGCAGAAGUCAUCCAGUUGUACAUCGCACCAGUAUCACCCCCGAUCAGACGCCCAUUGAAGGAGCUCAAGGAAUUCAAGAAGGUCUUCCUCGACAGCGGCGUUGAGAAAACAGUCACCAUUCCUCUUGAAAUUGUCCGCGCGACUAGCUUCUGGGAUGAGAAGAGUAACAGCUGGUGCAGUUAUGAAGGAGCCUACAAGAUUAUGGUUGGAACUAGCAGCAGUGGAGAAUUUUUGGAAAGUGUCGUGAACGUGAGUGAGACGACAUACUGGUCUGGUAGCUGGUGA